AUGGCAGAUGUAAAGCGCAACGUCACGGCCGGAAAGAGCGUCACGCCGAAGACGGGCGGGCAGGCCAUGAAUGAGCUCGAUGCGGCGCUGAGCAAGGCUGUGGGCGCGCGCAUCAGAGUCACCACCACCCUCCCCUCCCACACCCUCGAAGGCACCCUCUUCACCGCCUGCACCCUCACCAACCUAAUCGCGCUGAACACCACCCCCGCGCCGCCGAACCCGUCCUCGGCGCUCUCGAACCAGCCAGCAGACUACCACAUCGUGCCCGUCUCGCACAUCCAGUCCUUCCAGCUGCUCUCGCUGCCGCCGACGAACAGCUCCGGCCUCGGAACCGGCGGGUUCGAGGGUGCGGCGCUGGGGAUCCACCGGGUUGACGUCGAGGCGCUUCGGCAGCGGGAGGCGGCCGCGGUGGGGAAGCUGAAGGAGAAGGAGGCGAUGCGGGGCAGGGGCGUGGGGAGGGAGGCGCAGGAGAUAUUUGAUGCGCUUGCGAAGAUGUGGGGCACCCCACUCCUUCCCUUUCACACCGCCCGCUAUCCACAGCCGCGGCGUCUUGCCGUGUUUGCUUUUAAGCAGGAGGCUAACGAAGAACUGACGAGCAGGUAUCCCGCCCGCUGGAACGACAGCACCAUCAUCGUCAACGACGCCGUCAUGAUCGACAAGCCGUAUACCCCCGAGGCGUGCAGGGCGCCCAAGGACGCUGUGAGCCAGCAGACGCUGGUCAUGGUGAAGAAGACGCUGCAGGGGCACGCGGCGAGGAAGCAAGCCGCGCAGAACCAGGGACAGAGCCAAGGAAGGCCGGGUGUUGCGACGCCAAUGGCGCCGAGGAAGGGAGGUUGA